UCUUACUGCACUAUACCUUGAUUGUUUGCUUUGAUCUUCCUGUAAGUCGCUUUGGAUAAAAGUGUCUGCUAAAUGACUAAAUGUAAAUGUAACUGUUGACUCUCUGUGAUCCUCUUUCAGUAUGAACAACCAAACAUUCAACAUGGAUCUGCUGCAGCUGGAGGGGUUAAAGGUCACGGCUUCCUCCUCCAUCCUCGCCUUCGUCCUCUUCCUCCUCAUCUACGUCUUCAUCAUGGUGUCCAACCUGGGCCUGGUGGUGCUGAUCUUCAUGGAGCGCAGCCUGCAGCAGCCCAUGUACCUGCUCGUCUGCAACAUGAGCGUUAACGACGCGUUCGGGGCGACGGUCGUCAUCCCUCGCCUGCUGAGCGACAUCUUUAUUCCAGCCGGCGAGCGGUUUAUCUACUACAUCGACUGCGUCAUUCAGGCGUUCUGCGCUCACUUUCACGGCGCCACCUCCCACACCGUGCUCAUGAUCAUGGCGUUCGACCGCUACGUGGCCAUCUGCAACCCGAUGCGGUACACCACCAUCAUGACCGGCAGGAUGGUGGCGGCGCUGUCGGUGGCGGCGUGGGUGGUGGCGUUUGUCUUGAUUGCAGUCAAUGUCGGCCUCAGCGUGCGCCUCUCACGCUGCAGGUCAGUUGUAGUACACCCGUUCUGCGAUAACGCAUCUUUGUUCAAGCUGUCCUGCGAGAACGUCCUCAUAAACCACAUCUACGGGCUCAUCAGCUCCAUGGGCACGAUGUCCGUGUCCCUGUGCAGCGUGGCGCUCACCUACCUGAGGAUCGCCAUCGUGUGUCUGAGCAGCAAGAACACCUCCGUGAACAGUAAAGCUCUGCAGACCUGCGCCACCCAUCUGCUGGUCUACGUCAUCAUGCUGUUUUCUGGCUUCGUCAUCAUCACCCUGCAUCGGUUCCCUCACUUGUCGGACGAGAGGAAGCUGGCGUCCAUCCUGUUCCACGUGGUUCCUCCGUCCAUGAACGCCAUUAUCUACGGACUGCAGAUCAAAGCAGUCAGACAAAGGGUUAUGAUUAUAUUUAUCAGGAAGAAAAUAGCUGUGUCAGAGGUCAAAUGACAUUAAUGAUCAAAUUGUUGUCAAAUUGAUGAAGAUUUUUUCUCACUUUGCUUGUGUUUUGUGUAUUUGCAUGUGUUUUCUUAAGUCACAAUGCUGUGAGCUCUCAGGGCCACCGUACACAUGUGUACCUACAUAUGGAGGUCUGUGUCUUUAUUAGGCAAACUAAUAACAAAAGCACACAUUUGCUGCGCUGCAAUCUAACAAUGUUUCAUUACAAGUAGAAUUUAUUUGUGAUUCAAAGUGUCACAAGCCAUUCCUCUGCUAAUUAUCGUCUCUCCUCCCCUCGGCUCUCUCUCCCUGCCGGCCACUCCCACCUCAUCAGCCAACUCUGUUCACCUGUUCAAUCAGGUGCUCCUCAUCAGUAAUCAAGCCACUAUUUAAGCCUCUCUGGUUCACACACUCAAUGCCAGAUUGUCCUUAUUCUCCAUGAAAGACUCUCCAGCAUUUUCCUUUGGACUGAUCUCCUGUUGCCGACCCUGCCUACCUCUGACUAACCUGCAUCGUUGUUCUCCUUGUAAACUAUUCAUCUCUCUGUCUCGAACCAUGAUCUCUGUAUUAAUCCUUCCUGGUGUUUCUGCAAACUGUUUAUUUGGAUCCAAAACUGCAUAAUAAUGACACAAAUGAACUCCAUUUACACAAGCAAUUGAAGAGGAAUUUAAGCUAUAAAUGCAUUCUUGUCAAAUAUUUUAUUUGAGAUUCUGUUGAAUUUGAGAAGAAGAAUUCUGCAGGACUGUGUAAAGGUUUCUCAGCUCAGAGAAAAAAAUAUUUAGCCCACACUAAAAUCUACAGAGAUUAUCCUCAAUUAUUUUAUAGGGUUUUUUUUUUUAUCUCUAAUUCUCUCAUUGACACAUAUGGAUGUAUUGCGGUUUCAUGAUAAUGUUUCACAGAUUUUAAUUGAUUAAUCUUGUGGUGUUGUAAUUGAAUAUU